AUGAGUGCAAAAAAGUCUCCUGAAGAACUGAAGAGCAUUUUUGCAAAAUACGCAGCCAAAGAAGGUGAUCCAGACCAGCUGUCGAAGGAGGAGUUGAAGCUAUUGAUUCAGACUGAAUUCCCCAGUUUGCUGAAAGGCCCCAGCACCCUAGAUGACCUGUUUCAAGAACUGGACAAGAAUGGAGAUGGAGAAGUUAGUUUUGAAGAAUUCCAGGUGUUAGUCAAGAAGAUAUCCCAGUGA